CAAAAGAACCAAGAAGCUUUUCUGAAAAAUUGGAGCUCUUUCACACCCCCACCAUGUAAGAAGAGCCCAAGCAAGGGAGCGAGCAAACAAAGCAAGCAGUGCAGAACCUCCCAUGGGCGAGAGAGACAGAGAACGAGACCGAGAACGAGAUCGUGACCGUGAGCGUGACCGAGAACGAGACAGAGACAGAGACAGAGAUCGAAGACGAGAUAAACUAGACCGUGAGAGGGAUCGUGAUCGCGGCAAAGACCGUGACCGGCGUCAGAGGUCCCGUAGCGCCGAACGUAUCCGCUCUCGCCACGCUCGUUCCCGUACCCGUUCCCCUGACCGCCGUUUGAAGUCCCGGUCUCGCUCUCGCUCCAGCUCCCCCUCCCGCUCCGCGGAACGCUCUCGCCGCCACCACCACCGACGCAGAGGAGAUGAUGACGACAAGGACCGACAGAGAGCCGCAGCCGUAUCAGAGUUUGUGGAUGGCAUUGUAAGAGAGCAGCAGCAGAAGCAGUCGGAAGCUCCGUCCAGUGGUACUGCUGUGGGUGAUGGUAGUGCGGAAGUUGAUUCGGAUGAGAUUGAGAUGAUGAAGAAGUUGGGAAUUCCUGUUGGUUUCGAUUCCACGAAAGGGAAGCCUGUGCCUGGUGCUGAUGUUAGUGGUAUUAGGGCUGUGACGAAGAGGCAGCCCAGGCAGUAUAUGAAUCGGAGAGGAGGGUUUAAUCGGCCCCUGCCACCGGAGCGUAAUCGGUAGAUGGAGGUUUUUGAAGGUAUAAUGUGGACAGAGAAGGGGGAGCAUUUUGAAGGAGCAAAUCCCCGGUGGUGGAAUUGGAAGGGGCUAACUUGAACAUGAGAUGAACUUGUAUGUUCUGGAUUACUAUGUAAGACUUUUGACUUGUACCCAUCUAUGGAUCGUACCGUUUUGAGUGGUGAUUGGUCAGGGUGUACCUAGCUAGGUCACCCGGCAAUGUCACAAGAGGGGAAACAGCAUCAGGGGCAUCCAAUUGUUUCCUGCCAUUUUCAUUGAUAAUCAUACUUUCUAGCUAGCUGUUGUUGCAAUGAGAAUUACUGUAUUUGUGUUUUUUGGAUGAUUGUAACUAGGAUUCUAAUUGUUGUUUGGGUUCUUGGCUGGGGUUGAGACUAAUUUCAGGUGAUGAUGAUCUAAUGCCA